AUGGCCACCAUGAAAGCUAUCAUCACGCAAGGCAACGGCGUCAUCUCCGUUCAAUCCAUCCCUCGCCCGAAGCCUGGCCCCGGUGAGAUCCUUGUCAAGGUCCACUACGCCGCCCAGAAUCCGUCGGACUGGAAAACGGUCAAAGGCUCCCCCCCGGUAGUCCCACCUGCACCGGCGGGCCUGAUUCUCGGCUGCGAUUUUGCCGGCACCGUCGAGGACCCCAACGGCUCGGCAUGGCGCAAGGGCCAACGCGUCGCUGGAUUCGUACAUGGGUCCAGCAAUAACGGGACCCCGGCCAACCCCAUUCGGGGCACGUAUGCAGAAUACGUCUCCAUUGAAUCGAGCUUGGUCUUUCAGGUUCCCGAGAACGUGGAGCUCAAGGGGGCUUCUACCAUUGGACUUGCUUUCGCCACUGCCAUGCAGGCUUUGUACCAGCGGCUCUCUCUGCCUGAACCCUCCGAGUCCAAGACCGGAGACUGGUUCUUGGUGUACGGUGGGGCGACCAGUGUUGGGAAUUAUGCCAUUCAGCUAGCUAAGCUUAGCGGACUGCGUGUCAUUACGACUGCGUCCCCCAAAAACCACGAACAGCUCAAAUCCCUGGGAGCGGAUGUGGUACUUGAUUACCACGGAGACUGGGUGGAGGAAGCGAAAAAGAUCACCGAGGGGAAGCUGCAGCGUGCCCUCGAUACCAUCUCUGCUAAUGGGUCCACGGCCAAAAUAGCCCAGGCGCUUUCACAGAUCGAAGGAGACCAUGUCAUCAUUCUGAUUCCUGCUUUCCCGCCGGCCAAGGAGGAAAUCAAGGCUGUCAACCCUCAUGUGAAGGUUGAGUGGACGAUCGUCUACACCGUGUUUGAAAGAGCACUUCCGUUCCGUAUCGAGAACUGCGGCGACGAAACGCCCGAGGACAAGAAACUCUGGGAGAAAUACUUGCGGCUGUUGCCUCAGUACCUUGAGCGAGGGGAAGUGAAGCCUGACAAGGUGAAGGAGCUCGAUGGAUUGGAGAGUGUAGAGGACGGACUCAAGAUUUCAGAGGAAGGCAAACUGUCCAAUGAAAAGUUGGUGUUCAAAAUUUUGUGA